CAUGGCUGUACUGAUCGCAGUGAGUUCAUUAUCGGUCUUAUCCGAGGCCUCGGAGGAAAUCUCAAUAUGAAGUCUAGGAAUGAUUUUGCUAAAGAGGUUUUCAACUGGGCUAGGGAAUCUCCACCUGAUCCACGUAAACCACUGGAAAACCUAUUAUGACAAUAAAACUGGACGCUUAAUGUCCUACAACCUGGAAAAAAACCAGAUAACUUAACUAUUGAAGAUUUUAGUAAUCCUCAGGCCCUUCCAGUUAUCAGAACCCUGACAUCCAGAGAGGGCUUGACUACUUCAGACCAUGGCUUGGCUCUGACACCAAACAGCCCUUUAUACUGGUUGGACCAGAGGGCUGCGGGAAGGGAAUGCUUCUUCGUUAUGCAUUUUCUCAGCUCCGCUCCACGCAAAUCGCCACGGUUCACUGCAGCGCUCAGACGUCUUCCCGCCAUGUCUUACAGAAACUGACACAGACCUGCCUGGUAAUCAGCACCAACACUGGUCGAGUCUACAGGCCAAAAGACUGUGAACGGCUUGUUCUCUACUUAAAGGACAUCAAUCUCCCCAAACCUGACAAGUGGGGGACAAACUCACUGGUAGCAUUUUUACAACAGGUUUUAACAUAUCAUGGUUUCUAUGAUGACAAUCUUGAAUGGGUUGGCUUAGAAAAUAUUCAGAUCGUGGCAUCCAUGUCUGCCGGUGGCACUAUUGGG